GCGGCGGCAUGGACACGGGCGCCAGCAGGGGCUGCGGGCGCGCGGCUCCCCGCCCGGCCCAGCCGGUUCCCGGUGAGCGGCCGCCGCAGCCCCCGGGGCCCGCAGGGAGGCCGUCCCCGUCCCCGCGCCCGGCGCAAGUUGCUUCAGACCCUCUGUGAGGAGAGGCGGCGCCGGCCGGCGGGAGCGGGGCGAGGCGUGCGGGCGCGGGCGCGAUGCCUCCGGCCGGCGGUCCCCGUGCGCCGCGCCCCGCCGCGCUGCCCCGCAGCCUGUCCCGCCUGCGCCAGUGCCCCGGCCGCUCCCGCAUAGUGCUGGCGCUCGGGGCCACGCAGAUGGCGCUCGGCUGCCUCAUCGUGGCCGUCAGCUUCGCCGCGCUGGCGCUCACCACCUCGGCCCGCGUCCGCCACUCCUGCCCCUUCUGGGCCGGCUUCUCGGUGCUGCUGUCUGGACUCAUUGGUGUCGUCUCCUGGAAGAGACCCCUCUCCCUCGUGAUCACCUUUUUCAUGCUGCUCUCUGCAGUGUGCGUAAUGCUGAAUCUGGCCGGCUCUAUCCUCUCCUGUCAGAACGCUCAGCUUGUCAGCUCCCUAGAAGGCUGUCAGUUGAUUAAGUUUGACAGCGUGGAGGUGUGCGUCUGCUGCGAGACGCAGCACCAGUCGGCUGGCUGCAGCAACCUGGGGGAGACGCUGAAGCUGAACCCGCUGCGGGAGGACUGCAACGCCGUGCGGCUGACCCUCAAGGACCUCCUCUUCAGCGUGUGCGCCCUCAACAUCCUCUCCACCAUCGUGUGCGCGUUGGCCACGGCCAUGUGCUGCAUGCAGAUGGUCUCCUCCGACGUCCUGCAGAUGUUCCUGCCGCAGAGGGCGCUCUCCACCAGCCCGGCCUGCGCGACCCCGCACGGCACUGUCCUCCACCAGACCCUGGACUUCGAGGAGUUCAUCCCGCCUCUGCCCCCGCCCCCCUACUACCCUCCCGAGUACACCUGCACACCCACGGCCGAGGCCCACAGGGGCCUGCACCUGGACUUCGCCCCCUCUCCGUUCAGCGCCUUGUACGACAUGGCCAUCCACAGCCCGGGCCUGCUCUACCCCGCGGAGCUCCCACCGCCCUAUGAGGCCGUGGUGGGCCCGGCCCCAGCCAGCCAGCUCCCGAGCACCGACCAGCAGGGCGCCGAGACCAGCCCCCGGCACCCAGGCACCAUGGGAGGCUGCAGCGCCCGAGCGACUGCCAACAGCACGAGCCUCCCAGUAUCCGAGGGUGUCACCGCACCAGACCCAAGCCACCUGUCCCCUGAUGGCCCUGCGGGUGCCCCGCCACCAGCCCCCCACCCCAGCCUUGCAUGCCCCGAAGGCCCUGACCGGGGUGCACGGGCACGUCUGGGUGCUAGUCGCGUGACCCGCUCCACCAGCGACCCCACCUCAUGCUCGUCCCGGGCAGCAGACGAUGCCUGCCGCAGCCAGGACCCUGACGCAGGACCGUCUCCGGCUGCUCUGGGGACCGUUUCCCGGUCUCGCUCUGUCGCGCCUGCCUAUGCCCGUCAGCACCGGCCUGCGCCUCCCCUGGAGCCAGAUGCCUGGAAAAGCCAGCAGCACGUGGUGCCGGAGGCCUCACGGGUGGUCUCCAAAGAGCGGCCAUGCUCGGCGGAUGGCACAGCCCAUGCAGACACCAGGGUCUCAGUGGUGGCUAAGUUUUUGGAACACGCCAGCCACGUCCUCCCCCCGGAGACGCGGCACGCGGCGGUCACGUCCGAGGACUGCCACCGUCCACGUGGCUGCUCUGGACCGGGUGUGAAGCGGUCACCAGUCUAGACGGGGCCUCGGAGAGGCGGGCAGCAGACCGGCCUUGCUGGAAACCAGUGCGCGUGUGGGGAGAGGCCGGGGGCCUCGGGGUGGCUCGGGGGCUGCUGCUCCCGCUCUCAGUUGUCUUCCUGGAGGUGACGCAGAGCAGGAGGACCCUCUCCUGUCCCUCGUGGACUCUAUGGUUGUCAAGCAGGCGGCACUUUGCACAAGAACCUGGUGGCAGGUGACAGUCACGGAAUGGGGACACUGUUUUCAAACCCAGGGCCAUGGAACCCAGACUCCCUUCACCCCCGACCCCCAUUUGCCGUGGUGUUAAGGGGACGGUGGUGACAUCCAGUGACAAGGCUGUGUUCCCGUGCGCUGUUCUCCCUGGGUCCUCAGCUUUAUGUCUGCGCUGGGCCCAUGCACU